AUGGCUCAUUUCGUUGCCCCAGAAUCCUUUCUUAAGGACAUGGUCGCGUUCCUAGAACAGAGGUUGGAUGCCCUUCCUGCCCGGCCCUUCAAUUAUGAAGAUCAUAUCAAAAAUGUCCAAUCAGUAGUGGAACUGAUGGAGGUUUUGGAAGAAAUUGUCCCAGAGGCGAUGGACUUGAAUGGAAAUGGCGAAGCUUUCCGCGCUUAUAGGCAAAUGUAUGAUUCGUAUUCUGGGUAAGUAUUUUUGUUGAUUUAUGCAGCUUUUCAAAUUGAAAAUUUUUGUAUUUCACGAUAUAAGCUAUACUUCUUUUAAUUCGAUUAUUUUCAGAUUGUCCAUCCAGUUAUUAAAAUCGACUCAGGGACAAGUCAAAAUAGAGAAUGACGUAUGUCAUAUCUGCCUGGAAGAGCAAGCUAUCGAACCCAUGUACUGCUUGCAGUGCCUCAAGGUUGUUGGUUGCACAUCGUGCAUAAACGAAUUCGUGUCCCACAACGAAACCGUCGUAAAAUGCCCAAACUGCCAAAGAAAAUCUCAAGCUGCCACUCCACUGUUUGGUCGCCUAAAACAGUAG